CCGACCCUUCAUAACGCCCUUUUUCCUGCCCGCCCGGUCGCCAAUGACCGCCGCAUUGCAGAAUGGAGAUUACCUAAACCCCCCAACUCCCACCCUUUCCCUUAUUUAAGUGUCUCCCCCUCUCCCGCCCGCCAUUUAUUGAUUUUUCUCUUUUCCCAUUCUCUCCAUCGCCAAUCACCGCGUCUUUUUCAUCCACGAAGACGCAUCUCGACGUCUUCCAUCACAUUUUUUUAUUCAUUUCAUCUUUUAAUCGACUGAAAAUAUGUCUGGACGCGGCAAGGGCGGCAAAGGCCUCGGCAAAGGCGGUGCCAAGCGCCACCGCAAGAUUCUACGCGACAACAUCCAGGGUAUCACCAAGCCCGCCAUCCGCCGUCUCGCCCGCCGUGGCGGUGUCAAGCGUAUCUCCGCCAUGAUCUACGAGGAGACCCGCGGUGUCCUCAAGACUUUCCUCGAGUCUGUCAUUCGUGACGCUGUCACCUACACCGAGCACGCUAAGCGUAAGACCGUUACCUCGCUUGAUGUUGUCUAUGCUCUCAAGCGCCAGGGCCGUACCCUCUACGGUUUCGGUGGUUAAAUCUGAUCACUUUUGUGGUUGGGAUACAGUUACUCCCUGUGCCUUUGCUCCUGCUUUUUCUUUGGCUUGGUUUUUAAUGCGCUAUGGUGCGAUGGUUUUCUUUUUUGAUCGCUAUGAAUCGGUUAUGGGGUUUAUGGGUUGGAUUCGGUCGUCUAUUCCAUGGGUGGGACCCGGGGUUUAUUUGGACGGUUGAGUCCUUAGUUGAUGUGCUUCUUUCGUAUCUCCUACGUGAGAGC